CUUGGGCAGGUGGGAGCCUGCGGGUUCAACAGCCGGAUCCUGCCCAAUGUCUACCCCAUCCGGCUGGUGAAGGUCAACGAGGACACCAUGGAGCUGCUCCGGGAUUCCCGGGGGCUCUGCGUGCCCUGUCGGCCCGGAGAGCCGGGGCUGCUGGUGGGGCAGAUCGACCAGCGGGACCCCCUGCGCCGCUUCGACGGCUACGUCAGCGAGAGCGCGACCAGCAAGAAGAUCGCCCACGACGUCCUGCGCAAGGGGGACCAGGCCUACCUCUCAGGGGACGUGCUGGUGAUGGAUGACCUGGGCUACCUGUACUUCCGAGACCGCAGCGGGGACACGUUCCGGUGGCGCGGCGAGAACGUCUCCACCACCGAGGUGGAGGGGGCCCUGAGCCGCCUCCUCAACCAGGCCGACGUCGUGGUCUACGGGGUGGCCAUUCCAGGAGUGGAGGGCAAGGCGGGCAUGGCGGCCAUCGCGGACCCCUGGUCUCGGCUGGACGCGGGGGGUCUGUACGAGCGGCUGGUGCCGGUGCUGCCGCCCUACGCCCGGCCCGUCUUCCUGCGCCUGCUGCCCAACCUCGACACCACCGGGACCUUCAAGCUGCAGAAGAGCUCGACUGAGGGGGGAGGGCUGGGACCCCCAGCUGGUCCCCGACCGGCUCUUCGUGCUGGACCCUCAGCGGGGCCGCUACGUCCCCCUGGACCAGGGGAUGCACCAGCGGCUCUGCUCCGGGAAUUCUGGGCUCUGAGCCCCCUGGAGCCAGGAAAUCCAUGGAAUCUGCUCCGGGAAUUCUGGGCUGUGACCCCCCUUGGAUCCAGGAAAUCCAUGGAAUCUGUGCUGGGAAUGCUGGACUGUGACCCCCCCUGGAUCCAGGGAAAUCCAAUGGAAUUCUGGGCUGUGACCCCCCCUGGAGCCAGGGAAAUCCAUGGAAUCUGCUCCGGGAAUUCUGGGCUUUGAUCCCCCUGGAUCCAGGAAAUCCAUGGAAUCUGUGCUGGGACCCCCCCUGGAUCCAGGGAAAUCCAAUGGAUCUGUGCUGGGAAU